GAAGAUCAAAAAAGAAACCAUGUCACAUCAUACAAUAUUCAUCUUACUACUGAGUAUCUUAAUCUCGCUUGUGGCUUUCCCAGAAAUCACAAAUGCAACUGCAUUAUCAUACAAUGUUGCUGCUCAUGAGACUGCAUGUUUUUACGUCUGGUCUGAUGCCCCAUCAAAGAAGCUCGGUUUCUAUUUCGCGGUUCAGUCGGGAGGAAAUUUCGAUAUUGAUUUUGACGUCAAGAGUCCCAGGGGAGAAAUUGUCUUGGAUGGUGAACGCAAGAGACAGGGAGACUAUGUAUUUACCGCACAAGACGUUGGAGAAUAUUCAUUCUGUUUCUCCAACAGCAUGUCCACCUUUGCCGAUAAAUUAAUAGAUUUUGAAAUCACUGUUGAGAGCGAAAUUAGAGAUAAUAUAGCAAAGAGCGAUAGCAGCAGCCAGACACCUCCAGUAGUCUCUACAAUGGAGGAUAUCCUCAAUCGCAUUGCACAGUCCUUGACCGAUAUUUCACGCACCCAGAAAUACUUCCGUACAAGAGAGAACCGUAACUCAAGCACAGUUUUAUCUACUGAAAGCAGAAUCUACUGGUGCGCCAUCUUUGAGAGUCUGGCUAUUGUCGGAAUGUCAGGUUUUCAGGUCUUUGUCAUUAGAAACUUCUUCAAGGCCAAGAAGGGAGGCGUAUAAUAGAUUAAAACGAUGUACUCCUGUGAAUUGUAGUAUAUAUACAUAUAUACAUAUAUACACAUAUACACAUAUAUAUUUAUUAAAAGAUAAACCAAAAUAUACGUCUUUUUAUAAUAUAAAUCAUUUUUGUACACAAUUUCAUUUGAAUAAUUAUUAUUAUCUUGUAUAAAUUAUGUU